CAAUUGGCACUUCAACUCUUCACCUUAAACCGACUACACUUUACGGGAAUAAACUGAGUAAAGACCCGCAUUUAACGAAAGAGGACUUCACAGAAGGGCUGUUACUUCCACUGCUUUUGAAGAACUGUUGAACUGUUUGGACUCAGGACCCUGAGCAUUUACAAUCAAAUGCAAACUUGGAGCAGGACUGCAUAUCGGACAGAUCUCCUGUUUUGAUUUGCACUGUCGGGGUACUGCCUACUAAUUUGUUUUCUCUGACAGAGGGAACAACGUCAAAGCUGUGCCACUACUUCUGCCGUGCAGCUUUUCCAGUAAGUAAUCUAUCUCUUUCUUUUGAACUGUCCAUGACAAUGCCAGUGGUCAAAGUGGAGAAAGACUCUCCAGCAGAUACCACCUUGCUUGCCUCCAAUCCUCCACCGCAGACAGAGGAGCAGCCGCGGGGUCGGAGGAGGAAGAGACCUCUCCAGCGCGGGAAACCACCAUACAGCUACAUUGCCCUCAUCUCCAUGGCUAUUGCCAACUCCCCUGACCGCAAACUAACACUAGGGGGUAUCUACAAAUUCAUCACAGAGCGCUUCCCCUUCUACAGAGACAAUUCGAAGAAAUGGCAAAACUCCAUCCGCCAUAAUCUGACUCUGAAUGAUUGUUUUAUCAAGAUCCCUCGAGAGCCAGGACGACCUGGGAAAGGCAACUACUGGGCACUGGACCCAAACGCUGAGGACAUGUUUGAGAGUGGCAGCUUUCUGAGACGCAGGAAGAGGUUUAAGCGCUGCGACCUGAGCACAUACACUUCAUAUGUGCAUGAAACACCAGUUUUUUCCCCCGUUCAGAUUACCAGACCAGCUGCGUACACCAACUCAGUCUAUCCCAACAUGACACUCAGUCCCACAUAUGGACAGCAGCUGCCCUCUGCCUACUAUCCCUCUUCUUCGCCUCCGGGGUUUGGGCACAGUCAGACCCGCAUGUUCAGCAUCAACAACAUCAUAGGACACCCGACUCCAUCCAGCAUGCUGGCAGGUCAAGGACCAGAGGUGAUGCAGCAGCAAAGCCGGAGCUUCAGUCCCGAAGGGCUUCCGAAUGGAUCCAGUCCCUGCAGCUUGGGAGCUCCGGGUUUCCAGAGUCAACCGUGUGGGGGAUCUGUGCCACCCCGCUCCUCUACACAUCCGGCGUUCAUCUACUCUGGACAAAACAGCCAUUCGCACCAACAUGCACACCAGGGCUCGUACGGACAGGGUCACACCCAGGGCAUGGGGUACGCAGCAGGAGGACGGAUCCACGCCUCAGCUCACGGCCCUGCAGAAACAGUGGACCACUACGGCAGGGUCUCCCCAGUGCAGCUGGGGUCUUUCUCCCAGUAUAACAGCGCUGCAGGUCCUAUUGGAAACACUGGGGGAUACCUCAGACACCCCACAUACCCGGGGAAUAUGGACCGUUUUGUUUCUGCUAUCUAAGCUAC